AUGACACUUGGUGACUCUGAACCAACGGCUGCAGUGAUAUUACCUGAACAUAAAGCCAUUGUUGAUGUGUUGGCCGGUUAUGGUGUGGAUGUGUUUGAACUCGUCGAUCCAUCCGAGCUUGCACAAUCAACAAGCACGUCCUUCUUCGUUCCAGCCAUUACAUGCCGCCUGGUCUCCGAAAUUUUCCCUCAACAAGUUUUCCUGAGGAGCACGCCGGAGUACACGGAGUGGCGUAAUCUCUUCUGGUCACAGCAGCAAUCCGAAUCGAAACCUGCCUGUAUCUUGCAGCCAACUUCGAGCCGCCAGGUUGCCAUAGCUUUAUUGAUAGCUCGCCUAUGGAAUUGCCCAUUUGCUGUGAAGAGCGGUGGUCACGCUGCAUUUGCCGGCGCGUCUAGCAUCACAGAUGGUUUAACCAUUGACCUGCAGCGACUAAACACGAUCCAACUGGCCUCGGAUAAGAAAUCUGUCAGGGUUGGCCCUGGAAACCGCUGGAUUGACGUAUAUAAAAGCCUUGAGCCUCAAAGUCUGACCGCCAUUGGUGGCCGUGUGUCUGAUAUUGGUGUUGGGGGCCUGACACUCGGAGGUGGCAUUUCGUUCUACUCGGCGCAGUACGGUUUUGCAUGCGACAACGUAAAUAGUUUUGAGGUUGUAAUUGCCAAUGGCCGGAUUUUGAAUGUCAACAAACAAAGCCAUCCAGAUUUAUACUGGGCUCUUCGGGGCGGUGGUAAUAACUUUGGCAUUGUGACACGGUUCGACUUAGCAAUCUAUUCUGUCGAAGAACUAUGGGCUGGUUCACAGAUAUACGUCGUGUACGACAGAACGCGAAAAUCCCUCCUUGCCGCUGUGGUUAAAUUUGCCGACGAAUGGCCUUUCCGAUCCCCGGGCUGCAUUAAUUUGCAAUUUUGCAUAUGCCCCAAGGCAUGUUCGUCGCAGCCGUCGACGUGGAAUAUACGAAGCUCGUGA